GUAAUCGACCAACCAAACAACAAGAGAUUGAGAAGAUCGAAAAGAAGAAGAAGGAAGAAGAUCGAAAACGAUGCCUCUGAGUGCGACGAUGGUGGGAGCUUUGCUGGGACUCGGUACCCAGAUGUACUCCAACGCUCUCCGCAAGCUUCCUUACAUGCGCCAUCCGUGGGAGCAUGUGGUGGGUAUGGGACUCGGUGCUGUGUUCGCAAACCAGCUCGUGAAAUGGGAUGUGAAGCUCAAGGAAGAUCUCGAAGUUAUGCUCGAUAAGGCCAGAGCUGCCAACGAGCGCCGUUACUUUGAUGAAGAUCGGGAUUAGUUUGACGUCUUCAGAAAAGAAAAAUAUUUUCUCUGAAGUCAUCUCAAGUGCUUGAUUUCUUUGAUCUUCCAUGUAAAAGCUUUUCUAUUUUUUCUUAGAGCUGGAUCUCCUUUUGCUUCGGUAUUGGAGCUCUUUCCGUUCGUUUUUGGUUAAUGAACCUAAAGAUGAUUUGUGUUUUCAUCUCACAGUCUGAAUCUGUUUGUACCUGGCUCUAAUAAUUUCGAAUGACAAACCUUUCAAUGCUUAA